AUGGAUAACGUGUGUCAAGUGUAUUUUCAAACACGGAAAAAAAAUUUGAGAGACAUAUAUACACUUUGGGCAAUAAUAACUUUUGUUCGUGAUGAGGACUCGGCUGAAUUUUUGCGGUGGUGUCGAGCAUUUAAUGUGAAACAUUUGAGAGAAUGCCGGGAUGAAAAGAUUGUACAGAAAAAAAAACUUUCGAGAACUGAAAAAAUUUGUUUGGAGAAACGAAUUUUACGAGUUUUGCAAGAACUAUUUUAUUGCGGAUGUCUUCCAAACAAUUAA